CACAAACCUGUGAACCUAACACACGAAAGCUAAUCCCGUUUCUUUCGUUCGGAGUAGCAUUUUGCUUCAGCAAAGUGCUUCCUUCCCUCGAAGGCGAAUAGGUGGCAGACCCAAGACUUGUCGUCAAGACAGUAGUGGCACUGCAUUAUAUAAUAGCAAGCCCUUUCACUCGUUCGUUCUGGGAUUGCGAGCCACUUUUUCCUGUGGUAAGAUGACGAGCACGGGUUUCUCUCCCAUGAAAUUGGACGACCAGGAAAAUACGAACAGUGACGCUUCCGACUCUUCUUGGAUGCCACCGUUUCAUGUCGACCAACGAGUGUUUGCCCAGGAUCAGGCCCGCGAAACAGGCCUGUUCUAUCCCGGCAUUGUUCGGCAGGCCCGCCGCAGCUCGACCGAGACUGUUCCCUCAUUGCAACAAGAUCAAGGGAGCACCGAAAUUGAAAAGCCGGUUCAUACCUGGUCGUUCUUAAUACAUUAUUUAGGCUGGAACGCACGUUGGGACCAGUGGGUAUCGCCGGAUCGCAUUUUAGCGGAUACGCCCGAAAACAAGGAACUUGUAGAUGCCCAGCAAAAAAAACAUGCUGCCAGUACCACCACGGUGCCGCCAGUUGCUCAAAGACCCACCUCUGUAGACAAGGAGAAUUCGACAGCGGCUGCAACAACAACGUCUUGUCGGAAACGGAAAAAGGAACGCACGGGAAACGGCUCCAACUCGAAUUCGAACAAAAGAAAAUCGACUCUUUCGCAUGUCUUUGAAUUUUCGGAAAUUUGUGAGCUCCCCUUUACGCUCAAGACCGUGCUGGUAGAUGAGUGGGAACAGAUCAGCCGUGUUCCACCAGAUGAGUGCUUGGCCACUACACCCGUGGUGCGAUCACUCCACGUACUACCUGCACCCGUCACGAUUCGACAGGUUUUGAAUCACUUUAGCCGACGGCAAAUUUCCCAUAUUCGGAAACGAGAAAAGGCAAAGCAAUUGUUGAGUGACGAUGACAUUUCUAAACACGAAAAGUCAGGUGUGUCUGACGCUGGCAAAGCUUCCGUCCAAAAUACCAUCAGCACUGAUAUAACUACAGAACAGGUCCGCGAUUUCUGCAAAGGACUCACUGAUUUGUUUCAAGAAGCGCUGCCAAAAAUAUUGCUUUAUCCCCACGAACGCCCACAGUUCGAAAACUUGAAAAGGAAUGAAGAAUUGAUGGAACAACAUAAAGAAUGGGUCGAUGUGUACGGGUGUGAAUAUUUACUGCGUCUAUAUCUGCGCUUGCCUGCUUUACUUCAAGUUGAGUCAGCAUCGCAAUCUCCUUGGAUGGCUCCGCUGCUGGUCGAAUUGCUGGUUCUUUUGCAAAAAAAUCGUCAGGCUUGUUUCAAAUCCAAUGCGACGUCGUACCGUAUAGCUAGACGGAGCGAAUGGCUUGAAUGGGAACAACGAGCCUAUCCAAUACGCGACAGAAAGACAACGACAGCGACUGCCGAUGACGCGGUCACAUCUAAAGCAAAAGGAGAGGCCACAGUACCUUCUACCGAUGAAAUGGAUAUUUCUAACCAAUAGACGUGCCCCUCUUAUCGAUAUCCAGCAUUGAGCCUUAGCGACUAUCUGACAUUAUGUUCGAGAACGCUGUCCGUGUGUUUUCUGAAGCAAAGUUUCGAACGAUCCUAAUGUCGAGCAUUUUCUCCGUACAUGUUAUAUCCAUCGAGAUCACAAAAGUGUGAAACUAAGGUACUAAAGAAUGCAUAAGUUGU